AUGUAUGCUACCACUCGCCAGGAGGCAGAAAACUCCAAUACGGCAGUCACAAAUACACUCUCUAUUCUUGGGUACUAUGCAUGGGUCUUGUUUGAUUCUGGGACAACCCACUCCUUUAUCUCUACUAACCUUGUAAAACAUGCAAGAGUAGAAGUUGAACCGCUAGGGUACGGGUUGUCUGUGGGUACCCCGGCAGGGGUAAGUAUGGAAGCCUUCGAGAGGGUAAAGGACAGUCAGUUGUGUGUGUCGAACCACAUGAUGAAUGUGAUGUUGAUAGUCCUAAUUAUGACCAAUUUUGACGUCAUCUUAGGGAUGAAGUGGUUAGCGAAAAACCAUGCUUCCAUUGAUUGCUUCAAUAAGGAGGUUGUGUUCAGACCCCCUGGUCAGCCAAGCUUCAAAUUCAAGGGGACCAGGGUAGAAAUGGUCCCGAAGAUAAUCUCGGCAUUAAAGGCAAGAAGAAUGUUAUCCCAGGGUGAUUGGGGGAUAUUAGCUCAUGUGGUGGAAUUAGGACGAACCGAGGCAAGCAUUAACUCAGUGCCAGUAGUGAGAGAAUUCGCCGACGUGUUCCUAGAAGAUCUCCCCAGCCUACCCCCGGAUUGGGAGUUGAGGAUUAAGGAGAGUGAUAUCCCAAAAAUAGCUUUUCGCACAAGGUAUGGACAUUACGAGUUUAGGGUAAUGUUGUUUGGCUUGACCAACGCAUCAGCAACAUUUAUGGGGUGGAUGAACGAAGUGUUCAAAGAAUUCUUAGACAGCAUCAUGAUCGUCUUCAUUAAUGAUAUCCUUGUAUACUACAAGACUAAGGAACAACACAAGAAACAUCUCAGGAAGGUGUUGACCACUCUAAGGAUGAACAAGUUGUUUGCAAAGUUCUGCAAGUGUGAACUUUGGGCAAAACAGAUAGGAUUUCUUGGGCAUGUAGUUUCACAUAUGGGAAUCACCAUAGACCCAGCAAAGAUUGAAGCGGUGAAGAAUUGGCCUCGCCCGACCACAGUGACGGAGGUACAAAGUUUCCUUGGUCUAGCAGGGUAUUAUCGGCAGUUUGUGCAAGGUUUCUCCAAGAUCGCCACCCCCCUCACCGGGUUGACCAAGAAAGGAAAGUUGUUCACCUGGAAUGAUCAGUGCGAGGAUAAUUUCUAA